AUGGACAAUGAUGAUGAGCCUCUUGAGCCCGAGACACAAGAUGAGACCGAAAACGUGCCAGCUCCAGAGAGUAGCGAAGAAGCCCUCUACUGUGAGGCCGAAACCCUGCCGACUGUCGAAAAAGAGAAAUCAGCCUGGGAGAGUUCAGAAACAGACCUAGAGAUUGAAGAUACUGAGAAGUUUUUCACCACUGGACAGAAGGAGCUAUACCUGGAGGCCUGCAAACUGGUGGGCACCGUGCCUGUCUCCUACUUCAUCCGGAACAUGGAGGAGCCCCACAUGAACCUCAACCACCAUGGCCUGGGGCCCAAGGGCACCAAGGCUAUUGCCAUAGCCCUGGUGUCCAACACAGCUAUUACUAAGCUGGAAGUGGAAGACAAUGACAUCACGGAUGAGGGCCUCCUGAGCCUGGUGCAGAUGCUACAGGAGAACUACUACCUCCAGGAGAUGAACAUUUCCAACAAUAGCCUUGGCUUGGAGGGGGCCAGAAUCAUCUCCGAGUUCCUCCAGAGAGAUGCCUCUUCCAUCUGGAACCUUGAGCUUUCAGGGAACAACCUCAAGGAAGAAUCCGCAGAGCUGCUCUGCCAGGCCCUGUCGACUAAUUACCGAAUUAGGAAGCUGAAUCUCAGUCACAACCAAUUCUCUGACUUAGGCGGAGAACACCUGGGACAGAUGCUGGCCAUCAAUGUAGGGCUCACAUCGCUGGAUCUGAGCUGGAAUCAAUUCCACAUACGGGGAGCUAUGGCCCUGUGCAAUGGUCUCCGGGCUAACUUGACCCUGAAGAAGCUGGAUCUCUUCAUGAAUGGCUUUGGGAACGAAGGGGCUCUGGCCCUGGGGGACGUCCUCAGACUCAACAGCUCCCUGGUCUACCUAGAUGUUGGCAGCAACAGCAUUGGCAACGAUGGAGCCUCCAAAAUCAGCAGAGGACUGGAAGCCAAUGAAACCCUCAAAGUCCUGAAGCUUUUCCUGAAUCCUAUUAGUAUGGAUGGGGCUCUUUUACUUAUCCUGUCCAUCAAGAGGAACCCCAAAUCCAGGAUGGAAGAGCUUGACAUUUCCAACGUGCUGGUGACUGAGCAGUUCGUUAAAACACUGGAUGGGGUGUAUGCUCUUCACCCGCAGCUGGAUGUGGUCUACAAGUCAGUGCUCGGCCUCACCGCCAAGAAAACCUUGCCCUUGUGGACAAACCCCAUGAAACUGAUCCAGAGCUAUGCAGACCAGCAGAAAAUCACGGUGGUGGACUUCUUCAAGAGCUUGAACCCUGCUGGGACAAUGCGGAUGCCUGUGGGAGAGUUCCAGAAAAUUCUUAUACAGCAAAACAAGGUCCCUUUGAACCGGUACCAAGUCAGAGAGGUGAUAAAGAGGCUGGAUGAGAAGACAGGCAAGGUGAACUUCAGCCACUUGUUUAGUAAAGCUCGAGCCCCUGUCACAUGCUGCCAGCUGCUGGGCCAGAUGCUAGGCACACUGGCAGAGGAGCUGUAG